AUGGCCACCACCACAGUGACCGGCCAUGGCCGCCGGGCGUCCAUGCGACAAACCGAGUUACAAGUACCUACGAAGCCCUCGGUCUCGGGCUCGAACUCAACCACCCAAGCCACCACCAGCCCCGUCGAUCAAUUCCCUCCCUACGAAGAGACACUCGACGCGGCCAUUGGUUCCGGCCGCCCAAACCGAAGCCCAUCUGUGAAAUACGCAUCGAAUGAGAAAUGGGAGCCUCGAAAGUCGGCCUAUUAUUCACGGGACCCUAUGAAUGGACCACUGAGAAGCUCAAAGCACAGGCCACGGAAAAGCAUCAGUGAAGCGAUCACAAGUAUCCGAACUCGGAAUGGUAGUGUCAGUGCCAAUGCUCAGGAACUGGCCGAAGCACUUCGUGCACCAGUCUCAUAUCGGUUGAUUGGUCUUUGCAUAGUCUGGUACUUGACCUCUGCACUCACAAACACGUCCUCGAAAUCCAUCUUGAAUGCUCUUCCAAUGCCGAUCACCCUGACGAUAGUGCAAUUCGCCUUUGUCUCAAUAUGGUGUCUACUCCUAGUCUACCUAUCAACAGUCAUUCCUGGAUUACGGCAAAGUGUGCCAGUGCUCAAACAUGGCAUCCGUUACCCCUCCCGGGAGGUGAUCUCGACUGCGCUGCCUCUAGCUGUCUUCCAGCUAGCAGGACAUAUCCUCAGCUCUAUGGCCACGUCACAAAUCCCUGUCUCUCUGGUCCACACGAUCAAGGGCCUUUCACCCUUAUUUACAGUCCUGGCAUACCGAGUCCUGUUUCGCAUACGUUACGCGCGGGCCACUUAUCUAUCGCUCAUACCACUCACUUUAGGUGUCAUGCUAGCGUGCUCUACUGGAGUGUCGACAAACCUUUUUGGGAUAUCAUGCGCCUUUCUUGCAGCGCUGGUCUUUGUCUCGCAAAACAUUUUCUCGAAAAAAUUAUUCAACGAAGCAGACCGUGCCGAAUCCGAACCGCAGCAUCCAUCCCGGCGGAAGCUGGACAAGCUCAACUUACUUUGCUAUUGCUCGGGGCUAGCUUUCUUCUUAACGCUGCCUAUCUGGUUUGUCAGUGAGGGCUAUCCGCUGGUGUCAGACCUUGUGCACGAUGGCGUGAUUUCUCUCUCAGAGAAGCAGGGUUCUCUAGACCACGGAGCUUUGGUACUUGAGUUCGUCUUCAACGGAAUCUCACACUUUGCCCAGAAUAUUCUGGCAUUUGUGCUUCUUUCCAUGAUAUCGCCCGUUUCUUAUUCCGUGGCAUCUCUGGUCAAACGAGUGUUCGUGAUCGUCGCUGCGAUCGUGUGGUUCGGAAACUCAACGACUUCUAUCCAGGCCUUUGGCAUUGGUCUCACGUUUGUGGGCCUCUAUCUGUAUGAUCGGAACAGUCAUGACGAUGUGGCUGACCAACGGGCGAACGCUGAUCAUUUCCGGGCGCGAGAGGCGAUUCUGCCUGUGAAUGUUCGACGCACAAGUAGGCCGUGGGACUCCAACGGAUAUGCUUUUCCCGGAUCUCGGGCCUUUGAUGCGACUAUUCCAAGCAAUCCACACACUUCCAACAUUUCGAAAAAGGAAGAUGAUGGUCCAGGUCGUGUACGACCUCGAGGAAGUAGUGUCAAUCGCGCUUGGCUACCCGGCACCAGGCAAGAGUCAACGUGGCAAGCAAGUGACUCUUCUGCGGCUACGUAG